AUGUCUUCACCAGUGACCAACCAGCCCCAAGCCAUGCAGGGCUACACUACCAGCCAAUGGAGCACCAAUGUUAUGGACUGCUUUGAAGACAUGGGCAUCUGCCUUUGCGGAACAUUUGUCCCUUGCAUUUUGGCAUGCAGAGUAGCUACAGACUAUGGGGAGUGCUGCUGCUUGCCACUUGUGUUUGGUACCACGCUGGCCAUGCGCACUGGCAUAAGAGAACGAUACCACAUCCCGGGAACUAUCUGUAAUGACUGGGUGUGCGUCACAUUCUGCGGACAGUGCACCCUCUGUCAGAUGGCGCGUGAGCUGAAGGCCAGGAAAUGA